AUGGACGUCUUGACUCUCCAGAAGUGGGCCUACAUCGAUGCUGUUCCCAGCUACAACGCCACAGCGUAUGGCUUGCUGCACCAUUACAGCGGCAUUUCAGCGGCGGAUAUUGACAGUCAUUUACUACGCAUUCGAAAAUUAGCGUGGGAUGUAUCCCGACAGCCGUUUAUUGGUCGCUGGAGAUUCUUGCAACUCGCCGAGCCUCUAGAUCCAUACUAUCAGCAGGUUCUCUUUCGUCUUACGCUUCCCAAAUCCAAAGACUGUAUUUUGGAUAUUGGCUGCGGCUUUGGUCAAGCCUUGAGGCAACUACGCGCCGAUGGGGUCGCUGGGUCCAAGCUCUUUGGUGCCGAUAUUGAAUCUCGCUUCAUUAGCCUGGGCUACGAUCUCUUCCGUGACAAAGAUACUCUAGGGGCAACCUUUGUCAGUGGCGACUUGCUGGACCCCGAUGACGAGCGAUUAGAUAUGCUUGCUGGGCGCUUUACAAUGGUUCAUGCCGACAGCUUCUUCCAUCUAAUGUCAUGGACAGAGCAAUUAUAUGCCGCCAAACGGCUGAUAGUUUGGUUGAGAAAAGAUACGAAUAAUGGUUUCAUAUAUGGCAAGCAUGCGGGUACAAUACACCCGGCAGAAGUUGCUUUGGCCGGUAGCAGGCCCUACCUCCACAACCGCCAGAGCUUCCAGAGGCUAUGGGACGAAGCCGGGGAAAUGACGAAUACGAAAUGGCGCGUUGAGGUUGAAAGAACUUGCUUCGACUUUCCUGGUACUCCUGGGCAUCUUGGUCAUUGCGGUGCCCCUCCAAACCUCCCUCCACUUGAGCUCCUGCUAGCCGUGUCCCACCCGCAUAUCGGAGCUCGAAUCGCAACCUCAGCAAACGACAACCACGACAUCGCGCACUCCCGUGCGCCAUCCUGGAAGCCCGCUGUGGCACUGCAGUGA